CUUAUGUGUUGCCCCUGGAAACGGGUGGCUAAAUUUUCUUUAUUAUUAUUUUUUUUUUUUGUUCGCUUUUGGUGUAACCACCGCUAUUUUUGGUUCCCAUGUCGACUCGACGCACACCAGCAGAUUCGGCCAUUCCGUCAUCCCUCCUUCUUCCUGCCUCGUUGCCACGUUCGAGUCCUUUGGGCUGAACAGAGAGGCUCAGCAGCAGCCCGUCGACACCCAUUGGUCGGAGCCAGUGAUGCCCAGAAACAUAGGCGAUCAGCUCUGAGCCAGAAAAACAGAAUGCUGGUCGAUCGGUUUCAGUUAUUUUUGAAUGGGAACGAUAAAAAAGGAAAGUCGAUAAUAAUUUUUUUUUCUUCGUCUUCUUUUGAGCGCACAAAGCAAAUAGGAGAACGCAAUACAUUGUGUAAGAUGCAUGAGCUGUGUGCUGUAGUCCACAGAGAGGGUGUGUGGCCCAAGCGACAAACAAGUGGGAGCGGCGGCUAUUCGGCUAAGCAGAACCUUUUGGGAGUGUGUGUUGUGGUGUGUAUAAAUAUGGCAGCAUGCGAAGCGUUUUUUGUGGUUUUUUUUUGGGUGCCCUCUGUCUUUUUUAGGGACCUGCGAGCGGGCGAUCGACUGGUGUUGUUCUUUUUUCGUUAUCCGCGCAACUAGCGGGUUUCGGUAGUCGUAAUGUGUGGUAUAGCAGCGGUACUCGCUCUGAAUGCAAUGUCUUUAUUUCUGUAAUGGCACCUCGACGACUCGGUUGCCCAUCUUGACGACCACCUUGGAUACCAUGUGGCUAACGGUAGUGAGGUCAUCUACCGCUAAUGUCGGGAUUCUUCCGACUGCAGCUUCCAGAGGCGCGGACGUCAAGCUCCAUGCAAUGCUAGCAUGGAAGCGCGCGGGCU